UAUUAUAAGAAGGUAAAUAAGUGACUGUAGUUGGCCCUUAUAAACCCCAACAAGACAAGUGUGAAGAUGCCUAAACUUCCUCAGAAGAAAUAUUAUCGCCAGAGAGCUCACUCCAACCCUAUUGCUGACCAUAACUUUGACUAUCCAGUACGACCAUCUGCAAUGGACUGGAGUCCGUACUUUCCCAAGUACUUUCCUGGAGACAAGUCCAAGAAAGUGGAGUUUGCUGAUAUUGGGUGUGGAUAUGGUGGAUUAUUGGUGGCCCUUGCUCAGAUUUUCCCUGACACACUUAUGUUAGGCAUGGAAAUCCGUGUGAAGGUGUCAGACUUCGUUAUUGACCGCAUAAAUGGCCUGAGAGAGGAGAAGAAGGACAUACCUGGAGGAUAUCAAAAUGUUGCAUGCAUUCGAACAAAUGCAAUGAAAUAUUUACCAAACUUCUUUGAGAGAGGACAGUUGAGCAAAAUGUUCUUCCUCUUUCCUGACCCACACUUCAAAAGAUCCAAGCACAAGUGGAGAAUUAUUAAUUCCUCUCUCCUGGCCGAGUACGCCUAUGUUCUACAGGAUGGGGGCCUUGUGUACACUGUGACAGACGUGAAGGAUCUCCAUGAAUGGAUGGUUCGCCAUUUUACCGAACAUCCUUUAUUUAUUCGUGUGGACGAGGAUAUUUUGGCAGAUGAUCCGGUAAUGAAAUACCUGUGUGACAGCACAGAAGAAGGGCAGAAAGUAUCACGCAACAAUGGUGACAAAUUCUUGGCUGUAUUUCGAAGGACGUCUGAUCCAAUAAAACUUUGUAAUUCUAAUCAGGAUGCAAUUUGAAAUUAAAUGUUUGUGUAUAACAAUUUUAUAUUAUGUACUGUAUACAGUAUUACAUUUCAGUGUUCAUAUUUUCAUUACUGGCUGGAAGAAUAACACUUCCGUCUCACAGUUAACAGAUGGAGGAUCGAGCCUUCACCACCUGGGCUUAGUGUUUCACAUAGGACUUGAGUCCUGAAGGUGGGAAGAACAGUGCCUACACUCUAAGGGAGGGACUUUGGAUAUUUGCUGUUUAGAGGGACAUUGAAACUGUUGUAUUAUGCACGCCUCUGGCAAGACACUGAUAGUGUAAGUGAUGGUGAAAGUUUCUUUUUCGGGUCACCCUGCCUUGGUGGGAGACGACCAGUGUCAAAAAAAAAAAUCACAAUACAAUGACUGGGACAAUACACAAAUAACCUCCACAUAGGAGAGAGAAACUUAUGUGCUGGAUAUUUGUGUAUUGUUUCCUAUAAAUUCAGUAAUGUAUAAUAAUAAUAAUAAUGAUGUAUGCAACCUUAGAUCAUUUUGCAAUACAGUACAGUACAGCCUUUCCUCACUUAACGAUGGGGUUCCAUUCCUAAGAGUAGGUCAGUGAAUGAAUUUGUCAUUAAAUGGUUCAAUGGUAGUGGGUUUGUGUCAGCCAUCUUAGAUAUUUUUAUAAUGUCACCUUGGAACCAUUUAUAACAUUUUUAGUAUAUUUUUAAAUGUUUAUACAGUAGUGUACUGUAUAAUGUAAUAAACAGAAUAGAGGAAAUCAGCUCUGAUAUUCAUUACUUGGGUUUACAAACUGGUUGGAGAGCUGGUCGUAAGUUGGAGUGGUCAGUAAACAAGUACAGCGCUAAGUUAGGAGAGGUUGUAUAUUCAAUUGUCCUUUUGUAAUCAUUUGUAAUGUUACAUAACUUUUAAUCAUUAUUUACACAAUUCUCCAUGGGGAAGUGGAACAGAAUUCUUCCUCGUAAGCCAUGCGUGUCGUAAGAGGCGACUAAAAUGCCGGGAGCAAGGGGCUAGUAACCUCUUUUCCUGUAUAUAUUACUAAAUUUGAAAGGAGAAACUUUCGUUUUUCCUUCUGGGCCGCCCCGCCUCGGUGGGAUACGGCCGGUGUGUUGAAAGAAAAAUUUACAUGAUUGUAAAAAAAUUACAAUAUCUGUGAGAUAUUUUUAAAAAUUAUUUAAAAGUGACAAAGAACUUUUCACACAUAAUUUGUACUCUUGAAAAAUUGCCCAAAUUGAGGGUGACCAGUGAGAACAUUAUUGUGACUAGUGAAUUUUGACCUUGUGGGUUUAGUGCUUAGUUUUGAUUUUAAUAAUAAUAAUAAUAAUAGUGAAUUUUGAAGUUCUCAGAAUCUAAGCUGUGUAGGUGAAAGGUAAAGAGAGAAUAUAUAAAAUAAAAUGCAGUACUCUUUUUAAAUGAUGCGGUUAGACUUUCCCUUUCCCUCAUUGAUGCUGCUGAAUGUCUCUCGAUCCAGGGAAUUGGAUUUUUUUUUUUUAAUGCACUUGGCGUUCUCCCAUCAAGGAAGGGUGACCUAAAAAUUAAAACAAAAUUUAUUUUUUCAUUUUACAAAUUGUAACUAUUGUAACUGAUUAAAAUUUUUUUGAGUUGUAUUCCCAGACACUAUGAUCUUGGAGUAAGCUCUUCCACAUGAAUAUAAUAACAGUGUUUGUCAGAUGAAUAAAGUACUGACCAUUAUUAUUUUUAAUGUAAAAAUAUUACAGUGGAACCUCAAAAAUCAAACUUAAUCUGUUCCAGGAGCUAGUUCUAAAUUCGAAAAGUAUGAAAUUCGAAGCAAUAUUUCCCAUAAGAAAUAAUGGAAAUACAGUGGACCCUCACCUAACGAUAUUAAUUGGUACCCGAGAACGAAUAUCGUUAGGCAAGUUUUUUAGCGUUAGCCGAGGCAAAAUCUUAGCGUUAAAAUGUAUCCUUAGGCGAAUUUAAUGUUAUGCGAUGCGUUCGUUAGGCGAGGGUCCAUGUACAAUUAAUCUGUUCCAGAAACCCAAAAUUAUUCACACAAAAAAUACAUUUUAUAGAGAUUAAUUACAGUUUUACAUACAACAAAUACUAUAGUUUUUAAUUAUGUAUUACCUGGAGUUUACCUGGAGAGAGUUCCUUUAUUGAAGAUUGGUGAUGGCAUCUGGAAGAUAGGAAGGAGGAGAGAAGGAGUUGGGGUUAGUGUUUGGAAGGAGAAUACCCCUACAUGAGGACUUCAGGUAAAGCCCUCUCUGGGGUUACUUCCCUUCUCUGUCUUUUAAUGCCACUAGGACCAGUUAUUUUGUGAGACCCCUGUCUCACAAAAUAACUGUCCACAGUCCUCUGUUUCUGGAGCCUCUUUAACAUUUCCCUAAAAUGGGACAUGGUUCUGUCACUGAACUUGUUGCAAAGAUGGCUUGUUUCAGCUUGCUCAGGGUGGUACUUCUGCACAAACAUUUGGACAUCAUUCCACUUGGCACAAAUCUCCUUAAUCUUUGAAGAAGGCACCUCAUCCACUCCCUAUAUUAACACCUUUCGCAACAUCAGCUUCCUUGAUUUGUUCUUUCUUUGACAGGAUAGAACCGAUGGUCGACUUGUUUUUCCCAUACAUCCUGGCAAGCUCAGCAAGUCUCACACCACUCUCAUACUUCUGUAUUAUUUCCUUCUUCACAUCUAUGGUGUUUCUCACUUUCUUUACCACAAGGAUACCACUAGCAAGUUUCUUUGGGCACAUAGCAGCUUAUUUCACAGUCCCACAAGCACUAAACGCAACGAAAUAAUCGUAAAAUGCGUGAAUGAGAGCGCAGGUUAGUGUUCACUCAAGCAUAAACAAAGCUAGACUGCUCACGGCGCCUGCGCGGGGACGCGGACAGAGCGGGCGGCAGACAGGUCCCAUACCUGGCGGUCCGAAAAUAGGGGCACAUUCGAUAAUAGGGACACAGUUUGUCUGAAAAAAUGGUCCUAUUUUCGAAACGUUUGAUAUGUGAUACGUUCGAUUUUUGAGGUUCCACUGUACAAUAGUAUCCCCGUAUCCUCGGGGAAUAAGUUCCAAGGACCUGCCGUGGAUAUUGAAACCGCAAAUCAUAGUAAACCCUAUAUAUUAGUUCUCUACAUACCUGUUACAAAGUUCAAUUGAUAAAUUAUGCACAAUAACUGGAGAAUUAUCACAUUUUCACAGAUGGGAAGUAUUUCAAGGCUUCUCUAAGACCUUAAAGAACUGCCAGCUUCUAUACUUUUGUGCUUUGGGGUCAUUAUUAUGCAAAAUUAAGGUGUAUUUUUGGGUCACAGUAAACCAUGGAUAACUGAAACAGCAGAUACUGAAUCACUGGAUACAGGGGCUCUUCUGUAUAUAUUUUGCAUAUAAAAAGUCAAUAAAAUUGGAAAAUUGUAAACAUGGUGAAUGGCUGAAGUAUACUGUCUUAUUGUUAAGUAUUAGAGAACUCAACAUGUUUAACAUACUGUAUGUGACUCAUUAAAUUGUAGGCAAGCACUGAACUUACCUAGAGAAAUAUUGAAAAACUUAAUGUAGUAUUUGUACCAUUCUUAAGAUAUUGUUAAUAAAUAUUCCUUGCA